CCCAGAACCUUCCCAGCGGUCCCGGCCGAGCAGCUGGAGCUGGUUGGGGAGCUGCUGAAGGAGCUUUCCCAGAGCCAGGCGGGGGGGGAGCAGGGUCCAGAGGAGCGGAGGGGAACCCUGCUGGAGCUGCUGAAGGUGGCACGAGAGGACAGUCUGGUGGUUUGGGAGGAACACUUCAAAACGAUGCUGCUGCUGCUGCUCGAGACGCUCGGAGACAAAGACCACACGAUCCGAGCUCUGGCCCUGCGAGUCAUGAAGGAGAUCCUGAGGAACCAGCCGGCCCGCUUCAAGAACUACGCCGAGCUCACCAUCAUGAAGACGCUGGAGGCUCACAAAGACUCGCACAAGGAGGUGGUGCGGGCGGCGGAGGAGGCGGCUUCCACUAUGGCGAGCUCCAUCCACCCGGAGCAGUGCAUCAAGGUGCUCUGUCCCAUCGUGCAGACGGCCGACUACCCCAUCAACCUCGCCGCCAUCAAGAUGCAGACGAGGGCCAUCGAACGCAUCACCAAGGAGCCGCUGCACCAGCUGCUGACUGAUGUCAUACCGGGACUCCUGCAGGGCUACGACAACACAGAGAGCAGCGUGAGGAAGGCCAGCGUCUUCUGCCUGGUGUCCAUCUACGCCGUGAUCGGAGAGGAGCUGAAGCCUUAUCUGGCUCAGCUGACUGGGAGCAAGAUGAAGCUGCUCAACCUUUACAUCAAGAGAGCGCAGACGUCCACCAGCAACAGCAGCAGCUCCUCCGAUAUCUCCUCUUACUAACUACGCGUUCAUUCCAUCGGAGAUCGUAAAACAUCCAGAUGUUCCUCCUCUUCCUCCUCCUUCGUCUUCUUCUUCUUCGUAGGACCUGAAACUCUUUAUCUCAACGUCUGUUUUCCAAAUCAACGUUUCAUCAUUUCAUCCCCUCAUCUCUUACCUACGACAGCGCAUUAGGGCCGUAGAUGUAAAAAAAUUAAAAAUACUGAUUAAAGUCGUAAAUUUGCGAGAAAAAAGUCACAAAUUUACGAUACUAAAAAGGCGGAUAUUCUCCGAUAUUAUAAAGUUACGAGAAAAUUUGCGAGAAAAAAAACUUGCAUAUUCUCUGACAUUAUGAAAUCGCAAAUUUACGAGAAAAAAAAACUCGGAUAUUAUAAAGUCGCAAACUUACAAGUAAAAAAAUGUGUAUAUUCUCCGACAUUAAAAAGUCGCAAACGUACGAAAAAAUGUCUGAGAAAAAAAACUCAAAUAAUUACGAGAAAAUAACUCGGAUAUUCUCUGACAUUAAAAAGUCGCAAUUUUACGAGGAAAAAAAACGUGGAUAUUGACUGAUAUUACGAAGUUGCAAAUUUGCGGAAAAAAACCCUCUAAAACAAAAACGGUUAUAGUCUUUCGAGCAGUCACAUCACGCUAGAGAAACGUUGCUUUUCGUACGUUAUGCUGCCGCAGAAGAACUGAUCAAACUGAACUUUUCAGUUAUGUUUAGCAAUAAGGAGAAAACUCGUCAUCUUUGCGACUUUAUAAUAUCAGAGAAUAUCUACGUUUCUGCGACUUUAAUCUCAGAAAUUCUCCAGGUCAGUAUUUCAUUAUUAUUUUUACAUAUGUUUCUAAUCUAAUACGCUGUCGUAAUGAUCUGAGAAUCUCUUAUCUCAGCUUUUUUUAUUAUUAUUCCAGAGCAUUUUCUCAUCAUCUUUGAAGUCUCUCUUUUAUAUUUUAUUUUUUGGGAGACUUAAGACAUUUCAAUAAGGACCUAAAUCCUCCUCUUCUUCCUCAUAACAGCUCGAAUCAUCUUCAUCUUCCAUCGACUUACGAUAGAAACUAGAUCUCAUCCUCUCUUAAACUUUUUAAAGGACGUGAGGUGAGUUUGAAACAAGAGAAAAGAAGCGAAGAGUUUAUUUUUUAAUUGCAGUGUGACUUCCUGUAUUCCUCCCUUCCUUCCUCUCUUUCCUCGCCGCCGCCGGAGGAAACCUGUAUCAGUAUUUUUACUCAUUUUAAACCCUUCAAUCCACUUUAUUUUGCUUUGACACAUCAUACCUUUAUAGUACUGUAUAUUGAAUGUAAAAAAAACAAAACAAAAAGCUUUGAAUGAGCGUGGAUCUCACCUGUGUUCCUCCUUCCUUUGAACUACUGCC